AUGGCUAGGUAUUUGCUUUAUCAUCAAGUGAAUGGGCGGUGUUCAAAAUUUAAUUUAGUUCUAAUUCUGCCUCUGGCCUUCGAGGCAUGGGCAAAAAAAAUCAAUCCAGGAAGCCGUAAAAAUAGUCCAGGUCGUCGUCUUAGCGUGCAGCUACAAGUAACAAAACAUGGACCAGUGGUAAUUGACAAUGGAAUAAUCCAAGUAACAUUCUCAAAUCCAGGUGGUGAUGUCAUUGGAAUUAAAUACAAAGGAAUUGAUAACGUACUUGAAAUUCAAAAUGAAGAAAAUAAUCGAGGAUACUGGGACGUGGUAUGGAACAAACCAGGAAAUAGUGACAUCUUUGACAAAAUACAGGCGACAGAAUUCAGAAUUAUUAUGAAUGAUAAAAACCAAGUAGAGCUUUCUUUCUCCAAAAAAUGGAACCCGAAAAUGGACCGAUCCGUAGUUCCGUUAAAUGUCGACAAAAGGUAUAUAUUACGAGGAGGAUGUUCAGGGCUUUACAUGUACACUGUAUUGGAACGGUUAGAAGGAUGGCCUGAUAUUGAUGUUGAUCAAAUUAGAGUUGUUUUCAAGCUCCAAAAAAAGAAGUUUCAUUACAUGGCAGUAUCAGAUUAUCGGCAAAGGAUAAUGCCGAUGCCGGAAGAUCGAGCCACCGGUCAGCCACUGGCUUAUCCAGAAGCUGUUCUUUUGACCCGUCCACAAGAUCCGGAGCUUAGAGGAGAGGUUGAUGACAAAUAUCAGUAUUCUUGUGAGGAUGAAGACAACAAGGUUCACGGUUGGAUUUCUAGUGGCCCACCCGUUGGCUUUUGGAUGAUUUCUCCCACUAAUGAAUUUCGCGUUGGUGGGCCCGUCAAGCAAGAUCUUACCUCCCAUGUUGGUCCCACCGUCCUCAAUAUGUUUACCAGUAAUCACUAUACUGGGAAGGACUUAGAUACAGAGUAUAGAAAUGGAGAGCCAUGGAAAAAAGUUCUAGGACCUGUUUUUGUCUAUCUAAAUUCCAUUGCUCGUUAUAAUUCUUCAGCACUUUGGGAAGAUGCUAAAUCUCAGAUGAUGAAAGAAGUCAAAAGCUGGCCAUAUAAAUUCGUAAAAUCGGAUGAUUUUCCUUCUUCAGUUCAAAGAGGAAGUGUUCAGGGUCAAUUAACUGUGAGUGACAGAUUCAUCAACGAGAGGUUAAUGUCUGCUAGUUCUGCGUACAUUGGCUUAGCUGCUCCAGGAGAUGCAGGCUCGUGGCAAACCGAAGCGAAGGGUUAUCAAUUUUGGAGUCGAGCUGACAGGAAUGGCAAAUUUAGCAUAACAAAUGUUCGUCCUGGUAACUAUAGUUUGUACGCAUGGGUCCCUGGAAUUAUUGGAGAUUACAAGUAUGAAUUUGACAUCAGUAUUGUUCCAGGAUCUAAGAUCAAAUUAGGGGUCCUUAGAUAUGAUCCUCCACGGAACGGUCCAACUCUAUGGGAAAUCGGCGUCCCUGAUCGUUCUGCUUCUGAGUUCUAUGUGCCAGAUGCAUAUCCAACUCUCAUGAACAAAUUAUACACACAUCAUCCUACCGACAAAUUUAGGCAGUAUGGAUUAUGGGCAAGAUAUGCUGAUUUAUACCCUAAUAAAGAUCUAGAAUUUACCGUUGGUGUUAGUAAUUAUGUUCAAGAUUGGUUUUUUGCCCAUGUUAACAGAGAAAUAGGAAAUAAGACAUAUGGUGCAACCACGUGGCAAAUCAUAUUCCAAAUCGAAAAUGUAAACCAAACUGGAACUUACACUCUUCAGCUGGCCCUGGCUUCAGCUACUGUGUCUGAAAUCCAGGUGCGGUUCAACGAUCCAAAUGCAGAUGAACCUCUAUUUACGACGGGUCUAAUAGGGAACGACAAUGCAAUUGCAAGGCAUGGAAUUCAUGGAUUAUACUGGUUUUAUAGUAUUAAUGUAGGGAGCGAUCAGCUUCUCGAUGGAAAAAAUAUAAUUUAUUUAACGCAAACAAGAACUGCUAGCCCCUUUCAUGGGGUAAUGUAUGAUUAUAUUCGUUUAGAAGGACCAAAACAAACUUUAUGAUCAAUAUUUGAGUAAAUGUUCACAUUGAACAUUUCCAUAUUGUUCAUAUUUUGUAAGUCUAGAUAGCAUUUAAAUUAAUAGAGAAAUUUAUUUAUUUUUCUUAUC